UAUGGGAUACAGCGUCGUGGUCAGACUACCGGCGAUAUCGUCCCAGUCGACCAUCGGCUUUCGAAUAAACGAGAUUGGCCUUGCCUGACAAACCGAGUUCGCGACAACCCUUCGAGCGAAUAUAAACAAUAACAAGAGACAUAAUAUUUCAAAACAUUACUCUGAUUUUUUAAUCGAUUUUUGUUGCCAUAGAUCUUCGUUUUUGCUUAGUGUAUUUGUGAUUUUUGACUUUUUUGUUUUAAACUAAGAAGAUUCUAGAUUUGUGAUUAAAGACUUGCAGUGUUUAGGCCAUGUCGGCCGAAACUGUAGACGUAGCCAAAGUUCAAGAUGAAGAGGUAUUGCGAAAAAUGUGGCAAGAAACUGACGACUUUGGAAAAAAGAAAGAAAUUAGGGCUCACAUGUAUAAAUUAAGGGAAAAUCGACUGAAAGAUUUCUAUAAUACUGGAGAAGUAACUAGCGAAGUUCGUAGUAGUACCACAACAGCGCGAUCAAGCGAGAAUUCAUCAAAAACUAACAUGUCCACCACUCACGCCGAUAACUUAACUGACCAAAGUUACGUUACAUUGAAAAGUAAAGAAGUAAGGGAUUCAGAAAGCCCUACUAGAGAUAACUACAGUAAAACAAUUGCAAAACAUCAAGAUCAAGGGUGGUCAGUAACGUCAUCUAACGAAAAAAGUGCUGAUGGGAAAACCCACAUUGCUACUCAUACCGCUUCAACAUGCGGCACUGAAAAAAUCGACAACGGUAAAAUGGAUUACUCUGCUAAAUUAGAGGAAAAGACUUCAGUCUUCCAAGAUGGAGAUGAUAAGAACUUUACUAAAGCAGUAGGAUCGUCUUCCAGUUCCGUUCUAAAACAAGAAGCUAGCGGCGGAGAUGAGCAUUCAAAUUUCAGAUCUUCAACAACUAAAUCCUCAUCUUCCUCAAAAUACGUCUCGGAAAGCAAAAAUUCGUUUGAGGAUACUCAACAACCUUCAUCAACGACAAUUAUAACGAGGGGCCAAAUACCAUAUUCAAUAAAUGAGGAUAAUUUUAAAUCUGUAACGCAAAAAACGUACACUACAAAUGUUCCGAGUGAUUUGAAAAAACACCCAAGCUACCUUGAAGGCAAAACAACGGUAACUCAAGAAACAAAAACUUUAGCUGACGGUACAAUAGUUACCACUACUCAUUAUGAAACUAAAGACGGGAAUUCGACACAGAGAGCUACCCACAAAAAAUACAGCAAUAUUGGUGCCACAAAAGUUUCAGAACAGAAAGCUUCUUCAAGUAGCUCACACGUUCAAUCACGUAGUAGUCAUGUGACAAGCGGCUCUAGAGAUACUAGAGAUGACAGGAAAAUGGUAGAGUACGUUAUCGAGCCAGGAAGUACAGUAGAUAUUAAUGUAAAACAGGUAAACGAAUACAACAACUUAGUUAGUGGGAGAGGAAAUAUUACCAGUCAGCAAUCAACGAGAACUUCUAAGGAAACUAGACAGCAAGACUCUAAAGUUAGCGAGAAACAAAGAAUUUCUCAACAGGAGAUUGACUUAGCUUCUGUGCCGGGGGAUACAACUUCUACAUCUACUAAAAUUACUACAACCCGAACUGUAACAACGGAAUCAAUUCCACAAGAAAAAACUGAUGUAAUUUACCAAACAACUAAAACUCACAAUAUCAACCAAGACCAAAACGUAAAUGAAUCUAAAAAAGUUUCGAGCAAUCAGUUUAUCUCAACAGAACGCCAACACGAAAUUGAUACUCAAAAUAUCAGACAAGAACACCGAGAACCAGUAGGAGAGGCUCCAACCAAACCGAAAUCCCAAGAACAAUACAAAGCUCCAAAGCAACCUCAAAAUGUAGAACAGUCACCAUAUAAACAGCCAGAAAAGCGUCAGCCAAUUAAACCUGGAAAAUCAGAAUUAGAUCAGAAACCCACACCUACUGAAGGACAAUACGAUACUACUUAUCGUAGUGAAUUUACCAACAAGAAGAUAUCAGUUGAAGUCAGCCCUACCCACGAUGCUUUUGCUCGAUCACUACGGUCAGUUACCCCAGAAAGAAUUGGAAGAAGUACACCUAGGACUGGAAGUAACACUUCACUAAGGAGCAGCCCUGAAAAAAUGAGGCAUCCUUCAAGAUUAUCUCCUGAUCGUGGAAGAUCGCCCAGCCCAAGAAAAACACCAACCAAAUUUUCUAGCACCGAAACUGUUACAUACAGAACAACUAAGACUUCUCCGAAAACUGUAAAUGGAGAUGUGUCCAGAACUACAAAAUCUGAACAUUAUAAUUCUGAUACAAUUACCAAACGAUCUAAGACACACGUCCAAACAGAUACCAGUAAUUAUAAUACGGUAACAAAGGAAAAAUAUAGACCACGAAGCCCUUCUCCAACGGGCACAACUACAAGUGAUUUUGAGUAUAUCAAAAAUGAUGAAGAUUAUUCAAAGAUCAAUUCGAUGUAUAUUAAUACAGUGGAUAAAAAAUCAACUGAAACUGUACGCCCCAGUACCCUAGAAAUAAAUAGAAAAACUAAAAAAGUUACUGAAAGGUCACCUACAUCGCCAUUACCAGACUUAUCCAGUACGAAAAAGUCACCUGUUAAGGAAUCGCCAAGAUCACCAACCAAGCAAUCAACUCCUUCUGACAGGCCAAAACUUGUCAGAACAGAUACAUAUGAGGAACGAGUCAAAGAAAUCCUAGGAAUAAAUAACAAUCAAGAAACCCGUAGAAGUAGUUUGGAAAGGAAUUCUUUAAAGAGAAGCUCCCUAAGGGAAAGCUCAACUAGGACAUAUAGCAGUGAUGAUGUGGUAGACAGGUUGUACAGGAAUAAAACAAGCUCGACUAAGGAAACAUCUAAACAUGACAAAAUUACGUCAGAAACAAAAGACACGCGAAAAUCGCCUCAAAAGGAUUUAUCGAAAUCAUAUCCGGAAAGCAAAAUAUCCCCAAAAUCAAAACCAAAAUCUGAGUCUCCGGUUAGAAAAUCUCCUACAAAGAAAGGGCCUGGAAUUGGCGAAUUUCCUUCUCAGGUUAGAAAAUCUCCACAAAAAGAACCACUUGGCCCUUAUCCAGAAAGAAAAUCUCCUACUAAGUCAGUACCAAGCGUUAGCGAAUUUCCGUCACAGGUCAGAAGAGCUCCAGAAAGAGCUCAUUUAGAACCAUACCCUGAAAGGAAAUCUCCUACAAAGUCAGUGCCAAGCGUUAGCGAGUUUCCUUCACAGAUUAGAAGAUCGCCAGGAAAAGAACCUUUGGAACCUUACCCAGAAAGGAAAUCUCCUACCAAGUCAGUACCUGGUGUCAGUGAGUUCCCUUCGCAAGUUAGAAGGUCUCCAGAGAGAGAACCUUUGGAACCUUUCCCAGAAAGAAAAUCUCCUACAAAGUCAGUACCAAGUGUUUGUGAGUUUCCUUCACAAAUCAGGCGGUCUCCAGAGAAAGUACCUUUGGAACCCUACCCAGAAAGAAAAUCUCCUACUAAAUCAGUGCCUAAUGUGAGUGAAUUUCCUUCUCAAGUCAGAAAAUCUUCAGAAAAAGCACCUUUGGAACCGUAUCCUGAAAGAAAGUCUCCUACAAAGUCAGUUCCGAGUGUUAGCGAGUUUCCGUCACAGAUUAGAAGAUCGCCUGAUAGAAUUCCUUUAGAACCCUAUCCAGAAAGAAAAUCACCUACAAAGUCGGUGCCUACUAUUAAUGAGUUCCCUUCUCAGAUCAGAAAAUCCCCAGAAAGGACAUCUUUGGAACCUUACCCGGAAAAAAAGUCUCCAACCAAAUCAGUGCCAAGUGUCAGUGAGUUUCCUUCGCAGAUUAGAAGAUCUCCAGAAAGAGAAUACUUGGAACCCUAUCCAGAAAAGAAAUUACCUACAAAAUCAGUUCCUAGUAUUAAUGAGUUCCCAUCUCAGAUAAGAAGAUCUCCCGAAAGGGAACCUUUGGAGCCUUAUCCAGAAAGGAAGUCUCCUACCAAGUCUGUACCGAGCGUUAGUGAGUUUCCAUCACAAGUGAGAAAAUCCCCAGAAAGAGCACCUUUGGAACCUUACCCGGAAAGAAAGUCUUCAGAAAAAUCAGUGCCAAGUGUCAGUGAGUUUCCUUCACAGAUUAGAAUAUCUCCAGAAAGAGAACCCUUGGAACCGUUUCCAGAAAAGAGGUUAUCUACAAAGUCAGUACCUAGUAUUAAUGAGUUCCCAUCUCAGAUACGAAAAUCUCCCGAAAGGGAACCUUUGGAACCUUACCCAGAAAGAAAGUCCCCUACCAAAUCUGUACCUAGCGUUAGUGAGUUCCCCUCACAUGUUAGAAAAUCACCAGAAAGGGUACCUUUGGAACCAUAUCCAGAAAGAAGAACUCCUACAACAUCAGCUCCUACUCUUAGCGAGUUCCCUUUACAAACUAAAAAAUCACCUAAAGAGAAAAUUCCCACUGUGUCAAAAGUAUCGAAAAUACCAAGUAAAACCAUAUCAAAAGAUAAAUCUUCAACCGAUGAGGAGGUUCAUGAAGAUGUCGAAGAAAAAUUCUUUCAGACAUUGGAAACCAGAAAACCUGUUGAGGAGCCUGUAGUUGAGAGAAAAAUAUUUAGUCAGCUUUGCAGAGGGGAUGAAAUAAAAUCAAUCAACAAAAAAGAAGCGACACAAAAACUGAUUGAAAGUGAGAUAUUGGAUAACGAGAAAAAACAAUCUAGAGUCCAAAAUAAAAUACCUACUAAGAAAAUUACCGAAAAAAGAACAGAAAAAAAAUCUUCUGUAAUAAUAUCCGACAAGAAAUUUACUGAUACGAAUAAGACAAGAAAACAACCAGAAAGCAAUACUACUUCCGAAGACGAAACAGAUGUUAUUGAAACUACUUAUAAUAAAGAGAAAAAAACUCAAAGAAAAACAACUGAAAAUGUUUCCAGACGAACAAACGAAAAUUUGAAGCAGGAGAAACUAUUGAAUGGUGAUAAAAAAAUUGUCACAAAAACUACAAGCGAUACAACCAAAUAUAUUAAUAAAGAUUUUACAAAGGAAAAACCAACUAUUAAGAAGACCCCAACUAGUAAGGUGACAGAAUUUGUGUCAAUUACCACUAAAGUAACAAAGAAUGAACCAAAAACAAUCUCCUACGCAUCCACCCCUAAAAAGAAACCCCAAACAAUAUAUAAAGUAGAAAAAACAAAGUUUAUUGGAGGAACAGAAUAUCAAGACAAAUUUUCAAAUAAAAUCAAAAAGGAGCCUCUGAACAAAACGACAAAGGUUAUAACAAAAGUGACCUUAAAAGAUAUAGAAAAAGAAAACUUGCAAGAAGAUAAAUCUGUUCAUUUGAGAACAAAUAGAGUUGAUGACACCGUUACUAAAAAGAAAGUAAGUAAAACUAUAUUACUAAAUGGGGAUACUCCAAAAGGUAAACCAAAGGAGUUGCCAACUCGACAACCUCUUACAAAAAAAGCAGUUGUCAAUAUAAAGCCACAAGAAAAGAGCCCAGUAACGAAAUCUAAUAUAACAACUAAAUAUACUACAACUGUAAGGAAAACAGUAAAUGGAACUACACCUACCAAGAAAACCGAUACAACAAUUCCUAAGAGUAAAUCAACCCCAACUCAGCAACCUAAAACAACAACAAAUAAACCUAAAUCAAAAUUCCCUAAAUCUAAACCUUCCGAUGAUGCUUCCUCUGACAGUGAAGAGAGUUCAACUGUUGAAAGUAUUGAAGGCUCAUUUAUUGAUCUGACAAGCGAUCAAAGUUAUCUAAGCCAAAUUAAUGAACAACUGCGAAGAGAGAGUAUAACAACUACAAAAACGUUUGCUUCCGAUGAAGAUGUUGUAGAUCGUGAAUUUGUUGUUAACCUGCAAAGAUCUAAAUCUUCCAGAGAACCUACACCUGAUAGAUUAUGUCCUAGACCUUUAACCAGUGAUGAAGAAGAAGAAGUAAGUCCUGUAAGAUACCCUGACCAAAUAAGUGAACCGGACGAUGGAAGCUUAAGAAGAAAACCUAAGAAAUUAUCUGACAUUCCAAUUUUCGAAUCGGAAGAUACGAACGAUUUUACAAGGAUAACCGAAGUUACGGAUAUUAAGAAAAAAAUAUCUGAAGUGGACAAGGUGGAAGAAACUGACGAAAGUCUCCUCAGUAUUGAUAAGAAAAUUAAUAAGUUCCUGAGUACAGCUGACAAAACGAAGAAAGAACCUGUUAAUAAAGCACCACAAGUGAACAGAAUAAGUGUCGAGAUUUCUGACGAUUUAAAAUCCGACGAAUGCCUUUUGAGUGUUUCUGAUAAAGUCAGCAAGUUUAUUAGCACAGCUGAGCAGCUCACAUCUCAAAAACUUCCAGGAAGAACACCGAGUUCUAAAAUAUAUGACGGGGUUAAUGUAAACAUCCAGAAAAAAGUGGAGGAAUUUAAAUCUUCCGUAGAGGAAUCUAACAAAUCGAAACAGCCGAGCCAAGCUACAAAAAGAACAAGGCCAGACUUAUCCCAAGUCGAUGACGAACUGAAAGAAGAUGAAUGCUUAUUAAGCGUUUCAGACAAAGUUACCAAAUUCAUUUCUACUGCAGAGCAGUUGGCUAACAGUACAAAGCCUGUAAGUUUGUUAAAAAUCACUAUAAAACCAAAAACAAACGACGAAGAAACUAAACCUGAUAGAAAAUCACCUACUAAGGAUGUUCAUUUUGAGAGACAACAAACCUAUACUCGUAGAUCAUCGUCUGUAUCACCCGAGAGAUUGAAGUCUCCUUCACCAAGUCGAAGUACACCAACUAGAAGACAAUCCGAUCAGUAUGCAAGUAUUUCUACUACCGAAGUAACAGACGAAAUUUACAGAACUAAAAACAGAGAUGUGCCUCGCGUAGGAUCUCCAGAAGAUGGAAAAACUAUCUUGAGCACGAGUGGACGUCUUAGAAGUACAGAAAGUAUUAAAAGGGCUAAAGCUUUGUUUGAGAAUGGUGGAGUGGAAAAAAACAAACCAAAACAAAUAGAUAUUUUGAAAAGACCAUCAGUUUUUGAUGAAAGAACGAAGAAGCAUGAGUCAAGGACAACAUCUACAAGUAUUAAAAAUCGUGAAGAAACUAUCAGGAAAUCUUCUAUUCAGGAAUCAGAAAACUUGCGAUCAUCCAAACUAGUUGAGACAGCAACAAGAAGAUCACAAUCACCAUUGAAAUCACCGGAGCGUUAUAAAUCACCCGAAAAAAUAGAAAGGUCGUCCAAACUGGUUGAAACAACAAUAAGAAGAUCGCAGUCACCACAAAAAUCACCGGAACGACCAAAAUCUCCUGAAAAAAUUGAAAUAACCCGGUUUAGAGCUAGCUCCCCUGAAAAAAUUCCAGAAAUAAUUACAACGGAACCUAGAAGUCGCGAAACAUCUCCAGAGGAUGAUACACCGCAUUAUAUGAAACCAUUGGACAGAAGCUUACGACUGAAAAGUCCACAUAGAGACAGUGUUAAUCAAGUAAACAGACAAUCUCAAACAUAUGAUCAGGCAGAUUCCAGGCAAACUAAAUUUGGUGUCACCUUAAGGAGAACAGAUUCUCAAAAAAAUACAAAAGCUACCGAUAAUGUAUCUAGUACUUUAAAACAAAGAAGCAGUAGUACAGUUUUUGAAAAAACAAUUACUGAGGAAGAAAUUGAAGAAAUUUUUGAUCUGGAAAUUCUAGAGGAGUUGUUGGAAAAAGUCGUUAAUUAUGAAUUAAGGAGGAAGAUUCGUAAUCAAAUACGCUUAAUAAAGAAACUAAUUACUGAAGGUACAUUUGAAACUUUCAUUUUAAAUAGGAAAUCGAUAAUAAGACGGGGCUCAAGCCCUACUAAGAGCAAAAGUGUGAGUCCCGAUCGUACAUAUUCAGUUGAUCAAAGAGACAGUAUAACUAGAAAAUCCACCACCGAAAAAUCCGAAUAUCACUCGUUCAGUUCUACAAAACAAAGAUCUAGCGAAUCCUCAAACGUAAUUAAGAAAAGUUCCAGUCCUGUUCGUGAAAGAACAUCUCCCCAAAGGCAAAGUCCAGAAAGAAGGGUCUCCAAAACUGUAGCAGUAACGCCUACCGGCAAAACAACCACGACAAAAACUACAGAAGAAAUUCCCGGAGGUGUGAGGGUGACUACAACUACCACCACGGAAUCUAAGACUUUUACUACAUUAAAGAAAACGGUUCCUACUACAAAGAAACAAGUAGAAGAUAACCAACCGGAGUGGGUGAAGCAAAGAAACCUGAAAAACGUCAAAGAAACCAACGCAUCUAACGCAUCGAGGAAGGUCAGUUCUAGUAGCACGGUAACAAAGAAAUCAAGUUUAAGAACCAGUCCAGCAAAGGAUGUUAAAUUGACAGAUAUCAUAACAUCAAGUUAUGGAGUAGGACCGACAGAUGAAAAUGGAACACCAUUGUUUGGACUAAAGGCUUUAAGAGCACAAAACAAGAAUGUUAAAUCUAAAGUUCAAGGAACAGUAGUGUCCAGCGAGUAUUAUUCCGAAAAUGGUCAAGAACCGGUUGGUCAGAUAAGCGUGACGAAAUAUUCGACCGACCCAAAAGAUUUGGAUGAAGAAGGUGUGAUUUUGUCCAACGGUAAAGUGGCCAGUGUUACUACCACUCAACAGUUUGGAUACAAAGACACGCCUGCUCUGAAAAGUCUUACCGACAGCAAAAGAACAAAAGAAAUUUGCGAUAAAAACGAGAAAUCGACAACUAAAAGUACUAAAUUAAACAGGAGAAGUUCUGUAAAAACCAUUUCAGAGAAAUUUAUUGAAAAUGCAGUCGAGACUUUGAAGAAUGAGAAGCAAACAACCUACCCAAAGGCAGGCUUGAUAUUGCGUUCUUCCAGCUUCAAAAAUCAAGGCGACUCUGACAGCAGAGAAGGAUCACCCGUUAAUGUGAGACAAAGCAGUACGUCCAGGACUGGCGAAACGUUUUUAACAAACACAUCAAAAAUAACUGGAGCCGAGGAUGUAAUUACUAGAAUGAAAACUGAAGAAUACCAAGAAGGGGAUUCGGAAGAAGAUAUCGCAGCUAGAGGACUUUUAAAUAAAUUUAUAGGUUCCCAAGUGCUACUAUCUGGAAUGGAAGCACAUCAUGCUGCAACUGCAAAAACUCAAACAACAGUUUCAACUUCUCCUAGAGAGAGAAGGGGCAAACCAAGAACUACAACCAGAGUUUUCCAGAGACCGGUAACAGAAAAGGAACUUGAAACUGUUUGGGACGAGCAAACCUUAAGAUUAUUGUUGGAACAAAGCACUGACUACGAAGAGCGAAGACUUAUCAGAGCUAGAUUACGCCAAAUCAUGGCGGAGCAAGAAGCCUGCACGGCCCUGGUAGACCAGGCAACGAAAGGCGAGGAACCCGCUACACCUACCACCCCCACCGCCGGACAAAUCGAGGGUGAGUCUCAGCUGCUGCCCUUGCUCAAGGGCCUUUUAGACGCUCCCGAAAGCGACAUUACUCCCGAUUCCGGCACCGAAUCUGGCGAAGACCAGAGAUCGAACUUAAUAAACGAAGUUCAAGCCGCUCUGGAGAAGCUCAGCGUGUCGUUAAAGAGCGACCAAACCGAUAUUUCGGCUGAGAGACGUAGCAGCUUGCUGCAGUUGGUCAGUAAGCUGCAGGCGGGACUGAACGGUAGCGAUCGAAGAGCUUCCACGUCGGGAAGCAGUAGUGGACGAUUCCAAAAACGAAAGAAUAAACAAACGAGACAUACUGUCGGGGUGUCUAAGGAGGAACUGGCUGAUGCUCGAAGGCUCAUCGAGCAAAUUUCGUUAAAUGACCUUGGACCGAGCGCUAGUAAUUCUAAAGUGACACUAAGCAAGCAGAAUAGUGAAAGUAGCGUACCUACAAGCUCUGCCAGCUCCUCAUAUCGCAGUAUCCAUCAGGCCAAAGUUAAGAACGCCACUGCAAGGCCUUUCAGCUCCUCUAACAGUACUACUUCUUCCGUACAAACCCCUACUGAACAUUUCGAAGGCUUUUUUGCUGAAGAAAAGGACAAAGACUCCUCUGUCAUACCACAAAAAACGCCUGAGAAUCAUUCUUCUAUCGUACAACAAUCUCCUCAAGCUAAAAUGGAAAGGACUAUCUCCGAAGAUUCAAACGUUAGCAUUAAGUCUGCUUGUAAAGCUGCGCAGCAGGCGGCAGCUAGUAAGAUAGCAGCACUAAAACAAGAAGAAAAAGAAGAAGAAUCUGGUUCGGAAUACGAGGAAGUAGAAGAAGAAGUAGAAGAAGAAGAGGAGGAGGAAGAAGUUGAUAGUGGUACAGUUAAAAGUGCGACCCCGUUAGAAAAUGCUCCAUUAAAAAGCAAUCCUAUUUACUCUGAACCAUCUCAGAGACCCGUAGAAAAUACUUAUAUUAAACCGUCUCAGAAACACGAAGAAAAAUGUAGUAGAUUUGAUACUCAGAAGAAGAUAAAAAUGAAGCGAGCAAACACAAUUGAUAUUCCUAAACCACUAAACUUCUACGAAGAUGAUGAUACUGACUCGGAAAACGAAGAUGAAAACAACAAAAGGAGAGAUAGUUGCUAUGCUCUUAGAGGUCCUGUUGGUGUUGGAAACCCUCACACAAAGAAAAUUGUUCCAACUUUCCAGCCUAAAACAGAAUCGGACAAGAAGUUCAUUGCUUUUAUUAACAAACAUAACGAUAACAAUUCAAACAAAGGAUCUCCCUGGGCGAAAAAUUCAUCAGUUUGGGGCAGUAAAUUCGGAAAUAUCAAAAACACGUUUGAAAAGAGUUCGAGCAAUGACGCGAAAAGUUUUUGGAAAUCGGCAGAUGACAAUAUAACUAUGUCAACACCUAAUCAAUUCGGUCCGAAAAUUAGUAGGCAGAGCGCUAGAAACUUACAGCAAAUGUUCGAAGAAAAGAAGAAAGAAUCCCAAGCCGCUCCACCGUCUUGGAAGAAACCAAAUCAGUCUCACGUUAUUACUGGCUCGUUACAAGUAAAAACCGAACCAGAAAAACAAUAUAAGGUGGUACCUCAACCUUUACCCGUUAACCAGUUCUCGCACGCGCCUCAGAGCGCAUUUAAACCGAUAAAAAGAGCUCCUCAGACCUCUUCAAAUAGAACUUCGUUGGUAUUUUCGCCUGAUAAUAACGAACUUAUCAAAAGCGAAAUAAAAGAUCAAAGUGGUUCUGUUUUCCUGUACAGUCCUAAACCAUUAUCUAGCUCUGUGGAAUCGUCGACUGUUACUUCUCCUGUAGGUUCAAAACCAUGGGCAGCUACUACGGGUGGUAGUCGCGUUUUGAGUCUGGCUGCAUCGAGAUUUGAACAGCCUGCGCCAGUUAAAGAACCACCUAGACCACGAAGAUCAAGCAGGGAAAGUAAUAAAAAUGCAGUGAUUAAUUAUCAGGCAAAUGCAAAUGUAAUAGAUCGGAAACCUUCUUAUUUGAAUAAAGCUGUGGAGAAUAGGUCAAGUACAGUUAGAAAAUUAAGCGAUCAAUAUCAAGAUAUAGACAAUAAAGCUGCUGAAUCCCAUCAGAGGCCUCAGACUUAUCAAAUUAAGACUAGCGUAGUCGAAAGUCAGUAUACUCCUCAAGUCAAACCGCCAUCCCAUUCUGUACCCCUGUCUCCCCCUCAAAAUUACAGCAUUAGAUAUGAUCAGCCCGUAAACUAUUCAAUUCGCUACGAUCAACCUCAGAAUCAAACAUAUUCUCAACAAACGACACCUCCUAUAAAUUAUUCUAUUCGGUAUGACCAACCACAAACUCAAUCAUAUCCUCAACAAAAUAGACCAGUAAAUUAUACGAUUCGAUAUGAUCAACCCCAAACUCAAACAAGUACUGUUCAUAAUUAUAAUAGAUACUCACAAGGUCAAACGCAACCAUCACCAAACCAAAAUUAUCAACCUCAAAAUUAUUCAAUCGUUUAUGACAAACCACAACCUGUAAUUCAGUCACCAAAAACUCCUCCUUAUGUACCCCAAAAUACGCCAUUUCAAUACGAACAACCUAGACAAGCACAACAAAAUGAAGUUUAUCGACAAGCACCUAUUCAAACUGCUCGGCCAAUUCGUCAAAGUUCAAUUGACUCGCCUAAAAAACAAGACGAUUUUACAUCUACAUUUGUAUUUAAACCUGCACAAAAGGUACCAGUUCAAGCUAUCGAACCGGUAGUUCAACCACCGAGAGCAGAAAGACAAAUAUCUAACGAAAGUUUGCAUGAACAUAGUGCUGUAAGUAGCAGAGUAAUGACAGGACCUGUUAGUCAACAAGCAGUAACUGUUAAACAAAAAUCACCUAUGAGUAGAGACCAACAUGACAUGGAAGCUGCCUUUAACUUGCGCAAUUCUUUACAAAAGGUCUCUAAGCAAGACAGCAAAGAAAACAGCAUCAGUCCUAACAAAUCACCAGCCAGGUCACCCAGUAACAGUUUUAGUUAUAAACCAAGACAACCUGAAAUCAGCAGAAGUCCGGGUUUGAGUCAGAGUUUCAAAUACAAAAGCGAAACUCAAAGUAGAGAUGUGUCCAGUUUUAGACCUAGCGAUUGCCCUAAGCCUACUAUUUCACCUAGCAGCUUCAAAUUUAAGUCAAGUUUUGAAGAUACUUUAAAAGAGGCCAAGAGUUGUGGAGUGGUAAAGCCGAUGCAGCAACAGAAACCGAAACCUACACCAAUCUUUAACAACGUGUCUAAAUCUAAUGAGAAACUUCAUAUUAACGAAAAAGGACAGUCGGUUUUAACUGGUCAGUUUCAUAUUCCAGUUAUCAACGUAAAAUCACCUGAAUCGCCUAGAGCUCCUACUCAAGCUCAGGUUCUAAGCAAAUCGGACUCAUGGCAUCAGAUCUGCAUGGGACAUCAAACUACCAGUGAAAAACCUGCACCUAAACCAGGUCCAGUAAAGUCAAAGUCGAGUAAUACGCUUGCUGUGCCAAAAUUGUUCGAAGCGGGAAUGAGCAAAGAGGAGAUGCUUCAUAAAAGAAAGACCAUGGAAGCUUUCUUGUCCGGGAAUAAGAGCCCUCCUGCGGAUGGUGGAGCAAAAACAGUAAGAAGAAGUAUUAAUAGGAUUAGAACGUCAGAAAAGGUGUCCACCCAAACCAAAGUGAGUGGCAGCCUUAGUAGAAGUCGAACGUUACCUGACAUAACUUGUCCACAACUCCUGGACGAAAACAAUGUAGAUAAAGCCUUCGAGGAACUUUUCGAGUCCUCGUAACAUUAAUUUUAGUAAUUUUUGUUUAUCGGGAAGAUGCCCGAGUAUCCAUUCCAUUUCUGAUGUGUUAAGUGGAAUAUGUUGUAUAGUGCCGUAGAUUUAGUUUGGACAAACCAAAAUGGAUUUAAGAAGUUGUUUUGUUUGAAGAAUAAGAGACUGGAUGAUGUGAGAGGAAAAAAGAGACGAAGGUUAAGGGUGGGCGUACACCCCACAACUUCGUGCGGACAGGCAAGAUAAGUUCGUGUACCAAUAGUUCAAUGAUUUGGUUGCUAGAGGUGCUGUUUAAUCGAAGGAUUGGAUCGAUGGUGAAUCUGGAUGAAGCUUAAAAUGUGGUGAACUUGAAACAAAGAAGGAAAGUGAAGUUUCGACAACAAAAGUUUCUACGAGGGUCACUCAACAAGUACGAGCGCCCAAACCAAUGUCACCUUUCGCCAAGUUUCGUCAGUUGGACAAACAAAACAGUCUCAACAAACCAACCCCUCCAAGAACAUUCAACUAGACAACUUCUCCAGCAGCUGGGCAGACGGACUAGCCUUUUGCGCUCUCAUCCACCAUUUCCUGCCAGACGCCUUCGA